AUUUUAUAUAUAUUGGGUUUGGUGUCAUUUUGAGAAGAGAGUGAUACAAAACAUGUUUCUUUAUUCAUGAUUGUGUGUGAAUGAACAGAUUACUGAUGUCUAGAAAGGUUUGGAGUGGCCUUGUUGUUAAGCUCGUGUAAGAGAUAAUUUUCGAGAUAUCAGAGCAGUUUCAUCGAAGUCUAGCAUAGGUUGUGUUAACCAUACAGGUUUAUACAUAGCUGGAUAAUUAGAAUGGGGGAACAACGUCUCGCCAAGUGGUACUUUGGGGGCCUAGCUUCAUGUGGAGCAGCAUGUUGCACUCACCCACUGGACCUGCUUAAGGUUCAUCUCCAGACACAACAGGUGGCCAGUAUGGGAGGCUCUCAGAUGGCUGUGCAUAUAGUGAGGAGUCAAGGCCUCUUAGCUCUUUACAAUGGCCUUUCAGCCUCUCUCCUUAGACAGAUUACCUAUUCAACAACAAGAUUUGCAAUUUAUGAG